GGCGCGUCGGCGGCUGCGGGCGCAGCGUCCCGCACGGGCGGCCCGGCCCCCAUGGGCUCCGCGCACUCCGUGCCCGCCGAGAUGCGGGAGCUGGCGGACAGGACCGGCUUCACCUCUGAGCAGAUCGAGCACCUGCACCGGCGCUUCAAGCAGCUGAGCCGGGACCAGCUGACGAUCCGCAAGGAGAAUUUUGACAGCAUCCCUGACCUGGAAUUCAACCCCAUCCGGGGGAAAAUUGUCCAUGCCUUUUUUGACAGGAGGAACCUGCGGCCGCAGGCGGACGGGCUGGCGGACGAGAUCAACUUCGAAGACUUCCUGACCAUCAUGUCCUACUUCAGACCCAUCGAGAUGGACAUGGACGAGGAGCAGCUCGACCGCUUCAGGAAAGACAAACUCAGAUUCCUGUUCCACAUGUACGACUCGGACCACGACGGCAAGAUCACGCUGCAGGAGUACAGAAAUGUGGUGGAGGAGCUGCUGUCAGGGAACCCUCACCUGGAGAAGGACUCGGCGCGGUCCAUCGCCGACGGGGCCAUGAUGGAGGCAGCCAGCAUCUGCGUGGGACAAAUGGGCCCGGACCAGGUGUAUGAGGGCAUCACCUUUGAAGACUUCCUUAAGAUGUGGCAGGGGAUCGACAUCGAGACCAAGAUGCACGUUCGCUUCCUCAACAUGGAGACCAUUGCACACUGCUACUGACCCCCAGCUGCCUCCUGGGAGCCAGAGGAGGAGGAGGAUGGAUGAGGAGGAGGAUGGAUGAGGAGGAGGAUGGAUGGGAGGACUCUGCAGCAUCUCCAUGUCACUGGCACCAAGCGCUUUGCACCCACGUGCCUGUCCCGUCGUGGGGCUGCCUUCUGCUCUCUAGAAUCAUAAGAGGCUUUUAUCUGUAAUUAAAAGGUAUUUCUCUUUUUA